GGAGUGAAAGAGAAAUGUAAACCGAGGCUUGGGAAUCGGACAAGUCUAGUUCGUGAUCGUUGAUUAUUAUAAGAUUUUUUUUCAUUUUUAGGUAAUAGGAGUUUUGCGGUGGUGGUGUUUGGUUACGAGGGUAAAGGCGUCCUGUAUCUGUAAUAGCAGAAGAUGACGACGACGACGACGACGACGACGACAGUGGUGUUAGACGAGGAAGACGAGAACUUAGCUCACUUCCUCGAAUCCGAGGUUCUUUCUGUCUCCGACCAGGAAGAUGGGAAAACAGUAGAGGAAGAGCCAAACGCAAAAAGAGCGAAGCUUGUUGAUAAAGAUAAGGAGGAGGAGGAGGACGACAACAACAACAACAACAAGCGAAACAACGUUGUUCCAAAGAGGAUAGAGAGUGGGAUUUUCAGCAAAGUCCCAUCAGAACUCUUUCCUCACAUCCUUAAAUUCCUGUCUUCCGAGGAUCUUGUAGCUUGCUCACUUGUCUGCCGUUUCUUGAAUUAUGCGGCAUCUGAUGAGUUUUUGUGGCGUCGCUUGUACUGUAUGAGAUGGGGUCUGUUGCCCCCUACAAAAAAGUUACGGCAAUGUCCUUGGAAACAGCUUUAUAUUCAGCGCGAUGAAGAGGACAUGAUUGAACUUGUUAGAGAUUGCCAACCUGAGUUUAAAGAGUACUACAUUCAAAUGCAAGCGGCCAAGAGAAGCCAAGCACCUCUUCCUUCACAGGUGAAUGAUGACCGAAUAAUUCUUGAUAAGACAGUGGCUGAUCAAGUGUCUAUGUGGAAAAGCAGCAGGGGCCUGACUGAUAAGGUGGUCACUGACCAUGCUUGUUCUGGAGAAACAUGUUCUUACUACCAUAUUGGAGAUGUAUUUAUUUGUGAGAAGACUGGACUUGUACACGUCUGUGAUGAUGCAUGCAGAGAAAUUGUUAUGGAUCCCACCGAUGAGAUUUUGGUCUGUAAAAUAUCUGGGCAUUGUUUUGAUAGGCUACUUUCAGCAGCUGAAAUGGAUCCAGAUAAUGAACAGGAACAGCAACAAUGUGGUGUUACCGAUGAAGCAGAGCCAUUCAUGGGCUCCGGUCGUUUUGCACGAGCUUAUCUGUUGGGAUAUAAUUGUGCUGAUGAAAAGGAGCUGGAAGCUGCUUUGAGGUUUUGCUGAACCAAAUACUGCUCAUAUUCUAGUGGAUGCUUUUACUGGCAGCAAGUGUCAAAAUUUUACUUUUUGAAUGUUCAAGGUUGCUUGAUUCAGACUAUUAUGUUUUAUGUAAUCUAGUGUUAGAUUGAAUUACAGAAUGUGUUCUUACUUUUAUUGCUCUUGUUGCGUAUUUGUCUUUGUGUUGUUUUGUUUGCAUCGAUUCAUUAAAAAAUUGCAGGUUGGCCUGAGCUCUCAAGUAAUAUAUCUAAUUUAUACUGGAGAUUGUUCUUCUUCUCCUUUGAUUUUAA